AAAAGGAAAUGAAAUUUUAUUGUUGUUUUAAACAGCAUUGGCAACGCUCUAAAACAUUACCUAUGUCGUCUUUUCUCUUGUUCGCAUUCUCUCUUCCUCUGCUCUACGUUUUCUUUAUUUAUUGAAGACAAUCACAUUAGAGUAGAGCAGUUCUAUAAAAAUGGUGGCAAAAAGGGCGUCAAAGAAGAGUAGAUGUUCGGAAAGUGACGAUGAUUUCAGUGUUAAACCCACCAAAAAGAUUAAGAUUAAACUACUUGAUCAAAUUCAGGAACCCACUGUUCAUCAUCAACAACAACUUGAGAGUGAUUAUAAUCAGAAUGACGAAGAAGAAGGAGAAGAAGAUGGUGAACCAAUUCCUAUUGGCGAUGUUAUUAGGGUUUCCGGUGACGUGAUUCACAAAAAGAUGCAUUUUGAAGCUUUUGAGUUUGAUGGCAUUUGCUACCAACUUGAGGAUACUAUACUUGUCGCCCCAGAAGAAGGAAAAGUUAAGCCUUCUGUCUCAAUUAUCAAGGACAUUUUCCAGACUAAAGAUGGAAGUUUGAUGGUAAGUGCACAUCGAUUUUACCGUCCUGAUGAAGCUAAGAAAAAAGGAGGUGGAACCUGGGAAGCACGGGAUGAAAGAGAGCUUUUCUACAGUUGUCACCUCGAUGAAUUCUCUGCUAAUAACGUGAUGCACAAGUGUGUGAUACAUGUUGUGCCUCUUUACAAGCCAUUGCCUGAUCGUAAAAAGGACCCUGGUUUCAUCGUACAGAAGCGAUACGACUAUGUACAAAAGAAAGUACGUAAUCUUACCGACAAUGAUGCUAAAUGUAUCUUGCCUCAGUCAGAAGCAGCUCCGAAAGAGUCGAUACAUUUUACUUAAGUCUUGAAGAAAAUAGCUGGUAUAUUGAUAUGGUGUAAAUGUACUAGGACGGAAAAUCUAGGAAUUUUUGGUUCUUAAGUUGUCAUUGUGAAGCUUGGCCAUUGCAAUCUGUAAUUACUAGUAGUGACUAGUGAUUAGGCUUCAAUCAAUGGAAUACGGUUAAAUUAUUAGUACAAGUAGAUCAUUGAUUUUUCAUAUACAAUGGCUGCCGUAUCUAUGGCUUGUAAAACCUUUUUGUUAUCGUAAAGGUAAAGUUGCAUACUUGCAUAUAAUGAAGGAAUUAGGCAGUCGACCACGUUUUGCAAACAAUCCGA